AUGGCAUCUGAUGUUCCUGUUCUCAAACUCGUCAACUUCUGGGUGAACAAGGCUGUUACCGAGACUCUCCUCAGCAGCGCAAAGUUCCACGAAUUUGCAGCCAAGACUCACCAUCAUGUUUCUAGUAUCCAAAAGAAUGCUGCGCCUUUGAUCAAAGAAGGCACCAACACAGCCUCUGUCUUUGCAAAAGCUUUCAAGGAGACUAUCAUCAAGGAGUCAGAGAAUAUUGCAAAGAAGAAGUAG